CUAAUCAAUAGUUAGAUGCCGCUGUUUAGCACGUGUUCAGCAUCGUAUAACCAAUAAUGCAGUAUCGAUAAAAUAUGACAACACUGAACAAUUGUAGACACUUCAAUUAAAAACAGGAAUUAAUAUUUUAACCCAAGUGUUGAAUUUUAAGAUAAAAAUAAAAUGGCAAGGAAGAAGUAUAAUUGGAAAGCGAGAAAUAUUUCAACAGUUGAAAUUGACAACUCUGCAACUAAAGAGAUUUCCAUAGAUAUCAAGCAUCGUGAAGAUAAUUAUGACACUUGCAAUGCUCUCGUUCUUCCCAGUGAAAAGAGAAAAACAAAGAAUAAAAUUAAAAAAGUGGCCACGACUCGGUUACUAUUCAAAAAACGCAGAAAAGAGUUGGAAAAAAUUGUAGAAAAAAAGAAAAAAAAAUUACGCAGAGUUGAACUUUUGGAAGAAUUGGCGAAAGUCCAAGCAUCACAAGAAGAGCUAAAACAAUAUGUGUCUCUAUCCAGUAUGCAAACUAAAGGUUUAAAGCGUCACUUUAGGGAAAUAGCAUUUCCUGUUAAAGAAUAUGUUCCUAUACCAAAUGAUGAGGUUGAAGAUGAUGCCUCGGAAGUGCAUAUAAAUGCUAUAAAAGGUAGUAAGAAGAGGAGACUAGCAAUUUUGGAAGAUCAGAGGAAGCAGAAAGCUGCUUCAGAUCCAAAUGUUCUUGGAUUUGAUGAAUCUAGUGAUACUGAAUCAAAGCCCAAUAGUAAAGAAAAUAAAGACAAGCAGGAAGAAGAAGCAUCUAAAAAUGAUGCAGUAGAAGAGAAUGAAAAGGCUGAAGGAGGAGAACAUGCUGAAAACAAAAGAAAUGACCUUACAAAAAGUGAUAGUCCAACAAAAAAUAAUGUAGAAGAAACAAAAGAACCAUCUGUUAUCACUGAAAAUAAGGCAUCUUUAAAAUCACAAGAAUCAAUAGAAAAGAAACCUGCUGUGUUUGUAACAUUGCAAAGAAAGCCAGAAAUUCAAUCAGCUAGAAUGAAAUUACCAGUGGUAGCAGAGGAACAGGUUAUUGUGGAAGCAAUUAAUGAAAACCCUGUUGUGAUAAUCACUGGUGAAACAGGUAGUGGUAAAACAACUCAAGUGCCACAAUUUUUAUAUGAAGCAGGCUAUGCCCAAGAGAAAUUAAUUGGAAUAACUGAGCCUAGAAGAGUGGCUGCCAUAUCUAUGAGCAAACGUGUUGCAGAAGAAAUGAAUCUCACUGAGAAAGAAGUUUCUUAUUUAAUUCGUUUUGAAGGAAAUGUUGGACCAGAGACAAAAGUUAAAUUCAUGACUGAUGGUGUUUUAUUAAAGGAGAUACAUAGUGACUUUUUACUUACAAAAUAUUCAGUGAUUAUUCUGGAUGAAGCGCACGAACGUAGUGUGUACACAGAUAUUUUAAUAGGAUUGUUGUCGAGAAUAGUACCAUUGCGUAAUAAAAGAAAAAAUCCUCUGAAGCUCGUGAUAAUGUCAGCUACAUUACGCGUGGAAGAAUUUAUAGAAAAUAGUAAAUUGUUCAAAGUAAAACCACCAGUAUUGUCAGUAGAAUCGAGACAAUUCCCUGUUACUAUACAUUUCAAUAGGAAAACAAGCACCGAUUAUGUUUCUGAUGCUUUGAAAAAGGCUGUAAAAAUACAUACUCGUCUUCCAGAGGGGGGUAUCUUAAUAUUUUUAACAGGUCAACAGGAAGUGAAUUUUGUGGUACGUAAAUUGCGUAAGGCCUUUCCCAUAAAAAAUAAAAAGGAGUCUUGGAAGAAGUCAAAGGAAUUGCAAGAAAGUGAAGAUUUCUGGAAGAACGAGGAAAAUUCUCAAGGCAAAGGCGAUAAUCACACUGAAAAAGACAAAAGUAAUGAUAAUGAUGACAAUGACAAUAGCGACGACGACGACGAUUUUCGUUGCAAGAAGGCUCUUCGUUACAAUAAAUUGAGGCAAAAGAAGCAAAUUCAGUUGCCAAAAAUUAAUUUAGACGAUUAUUCUGUGAUCCCUACGGACGACACUCACGAGGACCUAAUUGGUGCAGAAGACGACGAAGAAGUACAAUUAGAUGAAGAUGAAGAAGAAGAUGAGGACGUCAUUGACCUAAAAACUUGUGCAAAUGCACAACCAUUGUGGGUUCUGCCACUGUAUUCUCUUUUACCAAGUUACAAACAAGCAAAGGUGUUUGACCCACCUCCAAAAGGCUGUCGCUUAUGCGUAGUGUCCACAAACGUAGCAGAAACCUCUCUGACUAUACCCAAUAUAAAAUAUGUGGUAGAUAGUGGAAAAUGUAAAACAAGAAUGUAUGACAAAGUAACUGGAGUGAGUACAUAUAGAAUUUGCUAUACUAGCAAGGCAUCAGCUAAUCAACGAGCAGGUAGAGCUGGUAGAACUGGUCCUGGCCAUUGUUAUAGGUUAUACUCUUCAGCAGUAUUUAACGACGAAUUUGAACAGCACAGUCAAUCAGAAAUUCAGAGGAAACCUGUAGACGAUUUACUCUUACAAAUGAAAGUAAUGAAUAUCGAUAAAGUAGUAAAUUUCCCAUUCCCAACGCCACCAAAUAUAGUGCAAUUAAAAACUGCAGAGAAACGACUAGUAAUUCUUGGUGCUUUGCAACAGCCUCCCCUUGACAAACAAGGAGUGACACCACUUGGACACAGUAUUGCUGUAUUUCCAGUUGCCCCCCGUUAUGGGAAGAUGUUGGCUCUCUCUCAUCAACAUAAUCUUCUGCAGUACACAGUGUGCAUGGUUGCUGCACUAUCUGUCCAGGAAGUACUGAUAGAGGCUUUCGAAAUAAAUAGUGUUUCCAAAAGCAAGUGGCUUCAGAUGAGGCGCUCUUGGGCUGGAACAGGAAAUAGCUUACUUCUUGGUGAUCCAAUGGUACUCAUCAGGGCUAUAGGAGGUGCAGAAUAUGCUGGAACUAGAGGAAAAUUACUUUCUUUCUGUGAGGAGCAUGGUUUGAGACAUAAAGCAGUCAUAGAAAUUAGGAAACUUCGACAGCAGUUGACAAAUGAAAUUAACUUGAAUAUACAGGACCUGAAUCUCGUCAUUGAUCCAUGGAUGAAACCUCCAGUUGAUGCAGAGGCUAAACUACUCAGACAAAUAGUGUUGACUGGAAUGGCUGACCAGGUCGCGAAGAAAGUAAUGCCAGAUGAGGUUAAUGAGGACCAAGACAAAGUUAAAUGGAAAUACGCUUACAAGACCACGGAAAUGGAAGAUCCAGUGUUCAUGCACUCUUCAUGUGUUCUUCGAAAAACAUGUCCCGAGUGGGUGGUUUAUCAGGAAAUAUAUGAAACGAAUAAAAUGUACAUGCGUGGUGUCACAGCCAUAGAACCAGAAUGGUUGCCAAAAUUCGCUCCAUCUUUAUGCCGACUUGAAGAACCUUUAAGUGACCCUCCACCAAGGUACGACGCAGAGACGGGGAAGGUUGUAUGUAGUGUAGAGGGAACGUUUGGAAGAGCAGCUUGGAAACUACCAGUAAUUGAUAUGGAGUAUCCAUUAUCUGUGGAAGGAGUGAAAUGGUUCGCGUGCUUCUUCUUAGAGGGAAAAGUAUGUCCAAAGUUGCAACAGUUCGUUCCUUUGUUACUAUCAACACCUCAAAGCAUUAACAAAACAUGGGCUAAGUUAAUACCACGAACGCAACAAAUGACACAAUUAUUAUUAUCACACGGAAUCAUGUCGAAAGAAAAAUUGUUAUGGACUUGGAAAAUAGACAGGAAUUUCCUCUUGUCGGCUUAUCAAAAAUGGCUGCCUGAAUCGGCUCAUGGACACGUUACGGUCAUUUGGCCACCUGUAUAA